AUGGCGCCAGGAAUACUGUACGACAUCACUGUCCCGAGACCACAACUACAUCACUGUCCCCAGACCUCAACUACAUCACUGUCCCCAGACCUCAACUACAUCACUGUCCCCAGACCUCAACUACAUCACUGUCCCGAGACCAAUACUACAUCACUGUCCCCAGACCACAACUACAUCACUGUCCCCAGACCUCAACUACAUCACUGUCCCGAGACCACAACUACAUCACUGUUCCCAGACCACAGCUACAUCACUGUCCCCAGACCACAACUACAUCACUGUCCCGAGACCAAUACUACAUCACUGUCCCGAGACCAAUACUAUACCACUGUCCCCAGACCACAACUACAUCACUGUCCCCAGACCACAACUACAUCACUGUCCCCAGACCACAACUACAUCACUGUCCCCAGACCACAACUACAUCACUGUUCCCAGACCACAACUACAUCACUGUCCCGAGACCACAACUACAUCACUGUCCCCAGACCUCAACUACAUCACUGUCCCCAGACCUCAACUACAUCACUGUCCCCAGACCACAACUACAUCACUGUCCCCAGACCUCAACUACAUCACUGUCCCGAGACCAAUACUACAUCACUGUCCCCAGACCACAACUACAUCACUGUCCCCAGACCACAACUACAUCACUGUCCCGAGACCACAACUACAUCACUGUCCCCAGACCACAACUACAUCACUGUCCCCAGACCACAACUACAUCACUGUUCCCAGACCACAACUACAUCACUGUCCCCAGACCACAACUACAUCACUGUCCCCAGACCACAACUACAUCACUGUUCCCAGACCACAACUACAUCACUUUUCCCAGACCACAACUACAUCACUGUCCUGAGACCACAACUACAUCACUGUCCCGAGACCACAACUACAUCACUGUUCCCAGACCACAACUACAUCACUGUCCCGAGACCAAUACUACAUCACUGUCCCGAGACCAAUACUAUACCACUGUCCCCAGACCACAACUACAUCACUGUCCCCAGACCACAACUACAUCACUGUCCCCAGACCACAACUACAUCACGGUCCCCAGACCACAACUACAUCACUGUUCCCAGACCACAACUACAUCACUGUCCCGAGACCACAACUACAUCACUGUCCCCAGACCUCAACUACAUCACUGUCCCGAGACCAAUACUACAUCACUGUCCCAAGGCCACAACUACAUCACUGUCCCCAGACCACAACUACAUCACUGUCCCCAGACCUCAACUACAUCACUGUCCCGAGACCACAACUACAUCACUGUUCCCAGACCACAACUACAUAACUGUCCCCAGACCACAACUACAUCACUGUCCCGAGACCACAACUACAUCACUGUCCCCAGACCACAACUACAUCACUGUCCCCAGUCCACAACUACAUCACUGUCCCAAGACCACAACUACAUCACUGUCCCGAGACCACAACUACAUCACUGUCCCCAGACCUCAACUACAUCACUGUCCCGAGACCAAUACUACAUCACUGUCCCGAGACCACAACUACAUCACUGUCCCCAGACCACAACUACAUCACUGUCCCCAGACCACAACUACAUCACUGUCCCCAGACCACAACUACAUCACUGUCCCGAGACCAAUACUACAUCACUGUCCCGAGACCACAACUACAUCACUGUCCCCAGACCAAUACUAUACCACUGUCCCCAGACCACAACUAUGUCACUGUCCCCAGACCACAACUACGUCACUGUCCCCAGACCACAACUACGUCACUGUCCCCAGACCACAACUACAUCACUGUCCCCAGACCACAACUACAUCACUGUUCCCAGACCACAACUACAUCACUGUUCCCAGACCACAACUACAUCACUGUUCCCAGACCACAACGACAACCUGCUCCCCCUAG